AUGAGCAGAAACAUGGGCCGAUUCAGCCUGAGAAGGAUCAUGGAUAAGCAGACUCAGGUCGUCCUGUUCAGUUCCACGGCCAUUGCACUAUAUGGGUACGAUCAAGGAAUGAUGUCCCUCAUCAAUACAAACUACAACUACCUCUCGACCAUGGGCAUUGCACCAGACUCUCCCGUCGUGGGCGUCAUCGUUUCCGUCUACUAUCUAGGCUGUGCGGUCGGUGCCGUUCUCGCCUCGGAAUUCGCAGACGCCAGGGGUCGAAAACCGGGGAUCUUCGCUUGUCUGGCUACGGCGAGCCUGGGCAAUCUGCUCAUGUUCGUGGCCGGUAUGGGCUCCCUAGGCGGCUCCAACGGCGCACUGGCGACCAUGUUAGUUGGGAGGGUCAUCAUGGGAUUGGGCGUCGGCGGCAUCGACGCCGUCGUCCCCGUCUACUCCUCCGAACUCCAAGAAGACGACUCCCGAGGCACCGCACUGGCCCAGGAGUUCCAAGCCAACAUCUUAGGUCUCAACAUGGCGUUCAUCAUCAACGUAUGCAUCACACACUCACUCACCAAAUGGAGCGAGUGGGCCUGGCGCGUCCCCAUCAUCGUCAUGCAAAUAUACCCGAUCCUUCUCUUCGCCGGUGCGAGCUUGUUUCCCGAGACUCCAAGAUGGUGCGUGCUCCAGAACGACAACGAGCGCGCGAAAAAGGCCAUCCGCCGCGUCUUUGGCGUAGACGAGGUCGAAGACCGAAUCAAAGAGUUGACCACGGCUCACAAAAAGGAGCAGGAAGAAGGCAUGAUUUCGUACACCGACAUGCUCUGGCCCGGCGGUUCCCAGUUCCAUCCCACCGUUGUGACCGUCAUGGGGCAAGUCAAUCAGGCUCUCACCGGAUACGGCGCGGUCAGCGUAUAUGGCCCGCAGAUCUUCGAGCUCCUAGGCUUCCCCGUGAAAACGGCAGAGUACAUCACCCUAGGCAACUACGUCUUCUACCUCGUCAUGAUGACAUUCGCAUGGCUGUUGAUCGAUCGCAUCGGUCGGCGUAGGCUCAUGGUCCAAGGCGCGGUCUGGCUCGCCGUGUCUUUCGCCGUGCUCACGCUCCUUGGCGGACUGGCAUAUAAUCGGCUCCGGCUCCAUAUUCCUCUCCUCGCGACCGGCAUCCCCGGCAUUGUGGUUCUGUACCUUGCGACGUCAGUGUUCGGAAUAGGCUGGCUCGUGCCCCCGUGGUUGAUACCUACGGAGAUCUACCCAUCUACAGCGCGCGCCCAGGGAGCGGCUGUUAGCGUGAUCGUUUGGGGAUUGGCGAAUUUCGCCGUCACCUUGCUGACACCCAUCAUGUUCAACAACCUCGAGUAUUAUUUGUUCUUGGUAUUUGCAGCGACGAAUGCCUUCGCCGGCCUGUGGACAUACCUUUACUGUCCGGAGAGUGGGCACAGAACGUUCGAGGAGAAUCAGGCGUUUUUCACAGAGGCGGCAGAGGAGGGGGCUUGGAUCGUGAAGCGGGUCAGGGCUGGUGAGUUUAGAGUGCUCCCGGGUAAAGUGGAGGAGUUGGAAGAAGAAGAGGUGGUGGAUGUUGAAGAGGGUGAUAAUGGCCGAAGAAAGAAGGAGAAGAAGAGAAAGACCAAGGCUAAGAGAGACGCUCAUGACGAGACGGAGCCUCUCUUGGGAAGGUCUAGUAUCGGUUGAGUAGGAAUAUCAUGGAACGGUUGUGGUAGUGGAACCCAGCUUGUCUCAUAGAUGUACAGUGACUGUCAUACAAAAUGGGUCCGCGGCUAUCAAG